AUUUUGGUUUCUGAAGAUAUCAGACGUUUUUAAAUUUUGCUCUUCACAUUUCAAUCAUUUGUCUGUUGUUUGGCAUUUGUGGGAUUGUUUUCAGGGAGUAAAUAAAAUAGUUGGUCUCUUUGUAAAGGGAAUUAAGCAUUUUGUGAUUUGUCUGAAGUGAAAAACGUCAAAAAUCAGUGAAUUUUAAGUGCAGAAAUUUUCUAUUCUUCUGCAAAACCCUUUUUUGUUUUGAGAAAUAAAAAAAGAAAAAGAAAAAAUAUGACUGAAAGUGUGGCAACAUCUCAAAUGGCGACCUUGCCAUCCACGAGCUCUUAUUCAAAUAUUAUUACGGCAGAAAUACGCGUUGAAAAUUUGUCGGCAUCGCCAGUCGAGCAGUCUGCUUCGAUCUCGAUUCCAACAUCAUCACAAACAGCUGACAAUAAUGUCAGCUCCGAUGAGCCUGAGAAAAAGCGUCAAAAGUUGGACAUAGGUUCGCUUAAAGUUAAAAAGUUGGAAAAAUUGGAGAAUCGAUUAGGUGGAAUUUUAUGCUGUGCCGUUUGCUUAGAUUUGCCUCGCGCGGCUAUGUAUCAAUGUCAACUUGGUCAUCUCAUGUGUGCUGGAUGCUUUACACACUUGUUGGCUGAUGGAAGGUUACGUGAUCAAGUUGCGACAUGUCCCAAUUGUCGGGUUGAAAUCUCGAAAAACAACGCAUCACGUAAUUUAGCUGUUGAGAAAGCCGUCAGUGAACUGCCGAGCGAGUGUCAGUUUUGCAGUCAAGAGUUUCCACGCUCAUCUUUGGAUCACCAUGAGCGUAAUGAAUGUGAAGAACGUCCAACAGAAUGCAAAUAUUCAAUCAUUGGAUGCCAAUGGAAUGGUCCAACACAUGAAGCAAAAGAACAUGAAGCAUCGUGCGCUCAUCCAAAGAAAUCUGGUGCAGACGUCAUGGCCGCUUUGGAAGAUCGCGAGGCGAGGUACAAUGAAGAGAAAAAGUUAUUCUCUUGCCUCGUCGAUCUUUUGAGUUAUGAAAAGAUUACAUUCAAUGAUAAAAAUUCAGUAACGCGAUGUCAGAAUGUUAUUAAAACCAUAAAAAACUCGAUAAAGAAGAAGAAAAAGCGCAGAAAGGGACAAUUGACGGCUUCUCCAUCCGUCCAUCCCACAACACCUGCUACUAAUUCUACCAAUAGUGUUUCAUCAACAACUGUUCCGUCAACUGAAAAACUUAAACCACAUAUCGACGAUUUGCGAAAAUUUUUGAGACAAUUUCUGAAAAAGUCUUUUUCCAUGACAGAUCUUCAAAUGAAACCGUAUCGGACAGAUGAAUAUGUUCAUAAAUUGUUCUACGAAACAACCCGCUUUUCGGCAUUCAAUCACCAAUGGAUUGUUAAAGCAAUCAUCAACAAUUCGCAGCGUGACGUUCAUCAAUCUAACGAUCGUCAGAUUACUUAUCAGGUCACACUAAAGUCUAAGACACAAUACCCACUGGCCAUUCAUUUCUUCGUUCUCCCUGGACCAUUCUCAGACAUGAAGGUCAACACAAAGAUCUACAAGCACGAUUUCACCGAUAAUGAGAACGAGAGUGCUUUUAAUCUAUUACCGUUGCCCGAUACCGCCGAAGCAAAUCGUUUGUUAGCUGCAAAGACUAUCAACUUUAGGUUGAUAAUGUUCUUAGCUUCAAAUUGAGAAGAACAUUAAAGAUUCGCCGCUAAGUUAGAAUUACGAGAAUUUGCUGGAAAUAUUUACUACAUUGAAUCCAUCAUCAGAAAUAAUUUUAUCCAAAUUUUUUGAGUUUAAAAAUUUAUCAUUUUUUAUUAAGUGAAGUUUUUUUUAUGAAACUUUCAUAUUCAAUUCAAAGAAAAAACAAACAAAACAUGUUCAAAAACGUUUCUUGAACUAUUGAACAUUGAAAAUGAAUUUCUUAUGAGCUUGAAACUGUUUAAAUGUGAAUUUGAUUCUUUCGAAUGAAAAACAAUCUAAGGAAAUAGAUUCUUAAUAAAAGUCAGAUGGAAAAGCUGAAAAAUCAUAGAAUCAUAGAAAGAAAACCUUCCUUUAAAAAUUACCACACAUAAUAAUAGGUUGAUAAGUUUAUAAAUGAUCUCAAGCCAGUCUGUUAUGAUUCGUAAAAUGUUUUGAGUUCUUUUCAUGAAUACAUAAUGAAUGCUUCAGUGCAUGAAAUUUUAUAACUACGAAAAUGUGGUCAAGUUUCUUGUACCACAUUGUCGAACAUUUCCUAAGGUUGUUAUCACAUUAACUUUGUUUUCUUUUCUUUAAUGGAUUUCCUUUUGCUGUCAUUGACAAUAGAAAUUUUGAUGGAUUAAACCAAUAUUUAGGUACUACGAAGAAACUCGUAGAUUAUGAUUAAUGCUGAGAUUUUACUUUAUUUUCAUUGUAAAUAAGAAAAAUAAAACAUGUGAUGACGAUUACGCCUUCAUCAAGCAAAGCUUUUCGAUGCAGCGAAAGCUUUUUUUACGGUGUAAUUUUUUGGUGUAAAAUUUCUCUUUUAAUAAAAUGAAACAAAAAAUAAAAAUAAAAAAGUUUUCCAUAUUGACAUAAAUACAAUUUCCCAAGCUUUUAAAAAUUUUUCAUCCCUUUUAAAUCCCUUCGAAAUAAAAUCCAUCUCCUUUAAUCUGUAAUUUAACGAAUAAUAAAUUUAACAAAUGUACGAAAGGAAAUAUAAAAUGAAUAAUAAUUCUGUGAGAAAACCGAUAAGAAGUUAAAUAAAUAUUAUAAUGUUAGAUAUUAGUCCUAAUACGUAAGGAAAGCUCUACUUUACGAUAUUCUUUCUCUCAUUGAUGAUUGCCAUAAAGCACACUUUAUUUUGCAAGAAAAGGAAGAAGAUACAAGCUCGCAUAUUUAAUUUCAUUUAACUUUACAAAAUUUUAAUUUUAAUUUUCUGAUCAGCUCAAAUAAAUAGUUUUGAUCAUCUCAAAACUUUUCAUUUUCUUCUUUUUCUCGAAGAUAUUAUAAUUAUAAUCAAAAGAAUGGGGUCUGUAAUAUGUUACGUCACAAAGAAAAACAAAUUCUAAUGCAAAGCAUUCAAAACUUGCUUCAAACAAAUUAAAAAAUUGUAAGAUUAUAAUAUUUAAAGAGAGACAUACCUAUUUUAUAAAUUAACACUUAUUGAUUCAAAAUUAUUGUAUAAAUACUUAUUUCAUUUACAUUAGAUGUUUAGUACUAAAUGAUUGAGGAUAGAAAUUACUUGAUUUAAAUAAAUUUUAUUUACACAAUUAAA